AUUAUCUACAACCAGAAGUAGGACAGCAACAAGCAAAACCACAACAGCAUGGCGACGCAGCACCCUGGCGGUGGCAGCCAGGAGGACGAGGUGAUUGUGAUUGUGGAUGACGACGACGACGUGGACGAUGAUGGUGGUGAUGGCGGUGAUGGCAGUGGUGGCGAGGGCGACAGUGCUCGUCUUGGGACGAAGAGGGACAGUGCGUGUGUGGAUGAAACCAGCACAAAGGAGGAAGCAGAGGAGAAUGUGGCCAAGAAGCCCAAGUCACUCAAGUCAAGCAGUGCCGAGCAUGACGAUGUGGCGCCACCACAAGCACAGUCUGUGUUUGCUGGCUCCUCCUCGUCCUCCUCGUCCGCAGCGUCCACAAAGUUGACGGCUGCGAAGCGCCCAACUGUGAUCACCAAGCCUGGGCUAAGGCUACGCCAAUGGAAGCUGUUUUCCAAAGAGGCCUUUCGUCUCUUUGCCAAGCUCGAGGCUUCCGGUGAAGUGGACUACUACCCAAAGUCCAUGACACGCGUGCAGGUGUUUGGCAAGUGGCAUGAAACACACCGACGCACCACUGCCUAUGGCGAUGCCGGGCUUGCGUACAGCUUCUCAGGCUGCCGCGUGCCGUGUAAGCCGUGGACACCGCUUUUGUUGGAUUUGAAGACACAAGCCGAAGCAGCGUGCCAACCACCAAAGCCAUUCAACUUUGUCCUCGUCAACCGUUACAAGGAUGGGGCCGAUUUUAUUGGCAAGCACCGCGACGACGAGCGGGAGCUGGAUGCCGCGUGCCCAAUUGCGUCGCUGACGUUUGGGCAGACCCGCGACUUUGUCUUGCAUCAUGCACACGUUGUGCAGAAGCGCGGCAAACACACCAAAAUGGUGCCUGUCACCGUGACCCUCGCCUCCGGCACGCUGCUGACCAUGGAUCCGCCCACCAACACCCACUGGUACCACAGCGUUCCAAAGCGAGCACCAGCAAAGGUGCCGGGUGUGCGCAUCAACCUCACCUUCAGAAGACUCGACCCUGCCAAGGCAAAGUGAUGAGAGAGGGCGGGCAGGGGUUGUACUGUCAUGUCGUGUGUGUGUGUGUGUGUGUGUGUGUGUGUGUGUGUGUGUGUGUGUCGUUGUGGCUGUAUGCGUGCGCACGUCUGUUUACGAGUGAGCAUGGUGCGUGUAGCGUUCAUUCACAUAGCGCUGAUAACCGACCAUCAUAAACGAAAGCGAAGCCGAAA